AUGGAUCCUCUUGCUCCAAUCGCCCCGGCCCGGCCCGGGGUCACGCCGGACUUCUACAGCAUCUCGUCUCGUCAGCUCCACCUGUCUAUCAUUCUCGGCGUCACAUACACCAUUGUCACGCUUCUCAUGUGCCUGAGGUUAUAUACCAGCAUCUUCGUGGUCAAGAAACUAUACUGGGACGCUUUGUUUCUCGUCUCGUCAUGGGCUUUGGCUGGCGUCUUCUUCUUGUUAAUUGCUCAAGCAUUUCCCGCAGGCUUUGGCAGACACAUAUGGGACGUCAACUACCAGCAGCUAGCGAGCUAUCUCGACUCGAUCACGCCGCUCGCAAUCAUAUACAUGUGGCCGCUCACUUGCGUCAAGCUCUCGGUGCUCAUCCUCUAUCACCAGGUCGACCCCGAAAUGGUCUUUCGGUUCUGCCUGUGUGUGGCCGUCUUCACCGUCGUUCCCACGCUCGUGUACACGGGCCUCUUCAUCGACCGGUGCAACCCGCUCAAGGGCGACAUCACGUGCGUCAACAAUAUCGGCUUUGCGCAGACGGGGACCAGCAUCAUGACCGAUCUCUUCAUCAUCGCGAUGCCCAUAUACAUGACGAUGCGGCUCAACAUGCCCACGAGGAAGAAGCUAACCGUAGGCGCGCUGCUAACUUUGAGUUCUGCCUGCGUCGUGUUCCCGCUCAUCCGCACCGCCUACAUCCAGGCUUUCGUCGACGACCCCGACGUCACCUGGAGCCAGUGUACUAUGGCGACAUGGACCAUCCUGGAGAUCAACGUGGGCGUCAUCUGCAACUCGCUGGCGAUGCUGAAGCCCUUUGUGCGGCACCACAUGCCGGGACUCGCGCGCCGGCUGUUCGGCGGCUCGAAGAACAGUGGCGCGACGCCAGCGACGGUUCAGACCAGCACGGCAGGGCGAUAG